UCUGAUACCGUUUCAGCACCAUGGACAAGAGCCAUUAGGACCGGUUCCAUCUCUGACAAUACUUUAAUUUACGGGCGGCACCAUUAGAGAAAACAAAGAGGGAUAACACCCACCCCGUCACCUUUCAUAGGGGCAACUUGAGCUAUCCUACACAGGAACAUUAGAGGAAAAAGCGACCGUCUCUUGCCUAGGAAAUGCGCGUCAGGGGACCGCGGUAGCCAAUCUGCUUGAGCACGUAUAGACGCUUGUAAUUCACCAGCCCCCUUGCUGUCUCGCGCAGUGCUCUCUUUCCCCACACAGUGUUCUUGCUGACUCAGUGCCUUGCUCGCUUUUUUCGCCAAGCACCGAUCAGUAACUGCGACGCACGCUCCCUCCAGUAGCCUAUAGCCCACUUCAGCAGCACCAACGCCGCACAAACCGACAGACAUGGCUAAAACAGCAAUUGCAUACAAAGAGAAGAUGAAGGAGAUUUCUGUCCUAUCUCUCCUCUGCUCCUGUCUGUACCCUGAGGCACGCAAGAACCUGAUGGGAGAGUUCCAAGUAGCAGGCAUGGAGGUGAAGCCCAUCAACAAGCGUGCCUCUGGCCAGGCCUUCGAGGUGAUCCUGAAGCCCCCCUCCCCGGUGUCGGACGCAGCCCACUGUGUCACCUCGCCCCCUAAGAGGGAAGUCUCUCUGGAGGACAUCCAGAAGAAGCUGGAGGCCGCUGAGGACCGGAGGAGAUCCCAGGAGGCCCAGGUUCUCAGGGCCCUUUCAGAGAAGCGGGAGCACGAAAGGGACGUGCUGCUCAAGGCCAUGGAGGAGAACAGCAACUUCAGCAAGAUGGCAGAGGAGAAGCUUACCAUGAAGAUGGAGCAGAUCAAGGAGAACCGCCAGGCCUACCUAGCCUCCAUCAUGGAGCGCCUGCAGGAGAAGGAGAGGCAUGCCCAGGUGGUGCGCAGGAACAAAGAGCUGAGGGAAGAGCUGACAGCGUGAGCAGAUGAGGGGCGCCACCGACCAUCAUACCCCCCUACAGCCACCCUUCCCCCCGACAGCCCCCCCCCCCCGAUCCCCCUACUACUACAGCCCCCACAGCAUCAGACAACCCCCCCCUCCCUUGAGGGAGGAGGAUGACCAACCCACCCACCGCCAGCCCACACCAACAGCGUUAGCAAAUGGGGGGAUCACAAACAAAUAUGAAAAUGUCUCCCACUCCUCCCUAUAAAAGAAUGUGUUUGCUCAAUUUCAAAUGAUGAAAAAGAAAGAAAAAGAGAAGCCAACCAAGUGAAAGUGGGUAUUGUUUUUUGUAAAUACUUCCUUUUUUGUUAUAUACAGUAUGAUAAUACAGCUAAAGUAUUGCAGUUUGCGAUUGGAUCAUUUUCUCUAUCUAUGGAUGUACUUUGUUGUUUAGUUUUUCUCGGAACAAAAAACGUUUGCAGUUUCUCUUGUACUAUCAGGCUUCUGUGAUGUUGUGAGUUUGCCAGCUAGCUGACGUGUGUUUGCGGUGGUUAUUUUCUGACCAUGUCUGUGUCUGUGUCUGUGUCGGUCAGUCAGUCAGUAUGGGGAUGAUUAGAAUGCAAGCUGCACAUUGACUCCUGGAAGAGAGACUAGCUAGACUUCAGGAGACUUAUUAUAGCAUUUAUGAGCCGAUUUUCUCCUGUCUGUCUUUCUGAUCCCCCACUCUCUUACAUACAGUUGUACAUUCACACACACACAUGCACGCACACACACACACAUACUCUCAAACACACUUACACACACACACACAUUUUGAGAAAUUUGGCAAACAUGACACGUCGCUCAAGAGGAGCUUGCUAAAUUCUGUCAGUUGGGCAUUGCAGAGGUCACAUGACAUCCCUGGCUCAUACCAUGAUGUCACAGAGGGAUGUUAUGAUCCUUCCUGGUUCCCAAGACCCCCUGCGUCCCCUGUCAAUCACUCUCUCAGCAUGUAUGUACCAUCUUAGACAUGUAGAUAAUGUAAUCGUG